AUGAGCUCAGGCGACGAGUUCGAUCUGUUGGAUUCGUCGAGCUUCGACGAUUCCGACCUCGAAGAGCUGCUCCAGGACGACGAGAUGGAGGCCACCAUGCUCCUCUUCUCCGUCAAGGACCUGGAGGACCGCGCGAAGCUGCUGAAUCGGAGGCGCGGCUCCGUGUUCGGCCGGAACCACAUCCAGCGGAAUCGCCUCCUCGGCCACGAGCAGCUGAUGGAGGACUACUUCGCCGAGGUACCUACCUAUCCUCCCCAUCUGUUCCGUAGGAGGUAUCGCAUGCGGCGUAGCUUGUUCGUCUCAAUCGUCAAGGCCUGCGAAUUGCAUUCGAAUUACUUCAAGCAACGUAGGAAUGCCGCCGGGGUGAUGGGUUUCAGCGCUUUCCAAGAGAUCUCUGCUACCAUGAGGGUCAUUGCGUAUGCGGAUUACACCGACGAGUAUCUUCGAAUUGGCGAAGAUACUACCACGGAGUCAGUCCGCAGGUUUGCUCGCAUGAUUAUCAAGUUGUAUGGGCCUACGUAUCUCCGAGCUCCCAACGAGGAUGACACCAAACAGUUGAUGGAGAUAAAUGAGAAAAGAGGUUGGUCUGGCAUGCUUGGUAGUCUUGAUUGUAUGCACUGA